CCCUGUUAAAACUUCCGUCUCCCUCUGGACGCCUCGGCUUCCCUCAAACUUUCCAUAAUGUCCAACAACAACGCCAGCACCAACCUGGCCGUCGCUCACAAAGCUGUCAAACAGCUCCGGCUGGAGGCCAGCAUCCGGAGAAUCCACGUGUCUCAAGCAGCCACAGACCUGAAGAACUUCUGCCUACAGAAUGCUCAUAAAGACCCGCUGCUGAUGGGCGUCCCAUCUGGCGACAACCCCUUCCGUCCACCCAAGUCAUGUGGGCUGCUUUAGAGCUGCUGAUGGCCGAAGACCGCUGAAGCUGAUGGUCAUCUGAAAGAACGUCUUGAAACACUAUACACACACACACACACACACACACACACACACACACACUUCACUACAGAGUUGUGAGAAUUAUUUUUGCUGCGUUCGUCUCCUCUUAUGGACUCUCUAUUAUCUGAUAAAGCUGAUCUUACACUGUGCAAUCCACGUUGGUACGAUCCACUUGUAGUUAUUCAUGCACUACAGUACUGUAUUCACAUCGUCUCAAAACUACAUGACCCGUAAAACCAUCCUGAUUUAGUGGUCCAUUUCCUGUUCCUAAAGACAGAAAGGGUUAUAAAUGGUUACAAUCUCUUUUUCUUUGUACUUGCACCCUCAGAGUGUGCUAAGAGUAAAUAUAUAACACUAAAAUUUACUAAAAAAAAGAAACAAGAAGACUGUUACAAAGAACCACACUCCUUCAUUUCAGGCAAAAAAUCUUGAAUUUGAAGUAGAAACCUUGAAUACAAUCGUUCACACUGUUGAUAGACAUGAAGUGGAUCGUUCAAAGCAGGACUGCACUCCUAUUUAAAGUUACCAACUCACUAUGGCCUUCAUUUCCAACAAACCAAAAUGUUUCCCAGCAGUGACUGUUAACCUGUAAGCUUUUAUAUGAAGAAAAAAUGAGAAUCUGUUUUUAAUAGAUAAAUAUUGGAACUUUUUAUAUUAAAUAAAUUCUAACAGUGAGUUGUAGAUGUAAUUUUUAAAAGUAAUCUUUUACUAAUUUAUUAGUGCUGUGAAGCAGAAGCAGGGCUGGGUGAUAUAGCGUCUACGUUCUGUAAUUGCAGUAUGGAAAGCAUUCUAUAUGAGUUUGAAUGGGAAGGGAAAGUGUAGAACUGCGCCAUCUGCUGGUUGCAUUGAAAACAUUUUGAAUUGUUAUUAAUUUUGCAAUAGGGAUAUUUUUGGUUACAGUUUGAAAAUCACUUUUGAGAAAGCCAUUUUGCAACCAUGCAAGCACAGUAGCUGCGAACACAAUAUUAAAAACUCUCAUACACAAUAUGAAGUUAUAUAAUUGUAAAGAUUAAAAAUACAAUUAAACCACAAACCCCAUGGUGCCACUUCAUAGGAUGGAAUGACUGACGGACAGAGUUUGUAGUCCGUUUUGUGGGAAACACUAAUAACUAAGCUACUCAUUUGGAUCAUUCACACAGUGUGAAAUACAACUGAAUGUGGGGGCCAUUUGGCACAUUAUAUCAUACAAUCUGUAAUAUGUAGCACCUCCAGUUUAUUGCUAUCCUACAUUUUGAACGCAACCAGCAGGGCGCGAACUAACCACUUUCCCUCCCUGUAGCUGCAUAAACAUUAAUUUCCAUUGUGAUUCAUAUUCAUUUAUAAACAGUCAUCAUCCUGAAGUAUUAAAGAACUCGCAUUCUAAUGUGUUACUCCAACACAGAUGGGUCUGGUUCAAAUUUAAGUCAUAUAUUAAAGGAAUAGUUCAGUCAAGAAAUGUUUCUAACAGUGAAUAAAAGAAAGUAACCACCAAUGGCAUCACGCUUACUGGUGCUUAGCAGCUUCCAUUCAUUUUUAGCCACAUUAGCAUGCUUGGUCAACCUAUUCUUUUAACAUUAGCCCUAAUAGCGGAGACGGUUUAUGAGGAGCCUGGCCACUUCCUAUUUCCCCUAUUAUAUCAAAAACAUUAUCGCAAAACCCCAGAGGGCGUCCACAAGCGAGUCUGAGUGAAUGGGAGUAAAUGGAGCUCAACAGCUAAAACAAAAAGUUAAAAUAGUUUCACUCACCCAGAACUUUAAUUUUAGAAAGUAAAAGGAUGAAUUUCACUAAAAAAAAGCAAAGAAAACUCACCUGUAUGUUUCGUUUUUUCUACAGCACAUGGUUGUUGGGCAGCAGGACGCUAACAUUACUGCUACUGAGUGCUAAUUGGUUGGCGAGCGAAGCAGCUCAUUGGCUGUUGGCGCUCACAGACGUCAUGAACAUCCAUGAGGCGCCAUUUUAAACUCCAAUAAAUCGCGUUUAAAAGCUCGUAAAAAUAUAAGUGUUAAAAUUUUAUGCUGUUCUGUGUUCAGGAAUUAAUGUAUUCCUUUAAAUUAAAAAUGUUUUAGCAUUUAUAAUCUAUGAUUUUGCUCAAAUGCUCCAUUUUAACCCAUUCAUUUUGGACUCGCUCGGGAGCGCCCUCUAGCGUUUGAGAAACCCGGAAGAUAUUAUAGAGUGGUAACUGUCUUCUCUACAAGAUCUCUGCUAAUAGUGCAUGAAUGUGGCACUUUUGAAGGAAGAUUGCAUACUUACAUAAACCUGCCAUGCGAUGUUCGAGCUGCAGUCAUGAAGACAAAUUUGUUGAUUUUACACACAAUCGUGCCUUUGAUGAACUUUAAGUGAACUUAUACAUACAAAUAUAUAUACAAACGUAGACCUCUUCAGAAACCUGUUGCCUGGCCAAAUAGCUAGCCUGCUACAUUGUGUUUGUUAAGGGGCGCUAACAGUUUGUCAUGCUAUCAUGAUUUCUCCUCCUCGUUGCCCAGCCCUGGUGUGAACGGUUAUUUUUAACUACAUUUUGGUUUUAGAUAUUGUUUGUUACUUUGAAGAAGCCUUUUUUCCCCCCUGUAGUGUCCUGUGUGCAUUAGCUUAGCAGAAAUGCUAAUCUCCUCUAUGGGCUCAGUCUGAAAUGUCUCCAUGCUUCCUAUGUAGUGCACUGCAUAUGCUUGACUUCUGCACCCAAAUAGUGCACUAAAUGUUGGGGAGUCAUCGAAUAACUGAAUGUAAAUGGAUUUCUGAUAGAUAUAUAAUGAACUAUUGAUGAGUAGACGGCAUCUUUUCAUGACCUACAUAGUGCACUACACGUAGAGUAGGAGCCACUUGAGAUUCAGCCUUGUGAGUUCCUCUCGGUCUAUGUACUCAUGUUCUGCGCAGUGUGGAAAGUAAACGCUGAUGUCAGUCAUGUUCAUUAGAACAUGAAAGGUGAACAGUUUUAAUAAACCUGGUAGAUACCACCUGUAUUUAUAUCUUUCUGUUUUGAUUUUGUGUUGGGCUGUUAAAUCUGUGUGCCUUAUAGUGUAACUUCUGAACAGUUCUUGUUUUCUAUCCACUAGUAAAGUAGCCUCCUUUUGACCCUGA